AUGGCUCUGUCAACUUCCUUACCGAUGGCAGUUUUGGUACUCAGUUGUAGCUUCAUUUGCUCUCUGGGAUGUGACCUGUUGGAGCCCCAUCGAUUAUUCAAAAGCAAGACUCGGCUUUUUCUGAGACAAAUGAGGAGAAUCAACCCUGUGUCCUGCCUGGAGGACAGACAUGACUUUAGAUUUCCUCAGGAGGCAUUUAACGGCAGCCAAUUCCAGAAGGCUCAAGGCAUGUUUGUUUUCUAUGAUAUAGUCCAACAGACCUUGCACCUCUUCAGCAGGAAAGAUUCUUAUACUGCUUGGAAUGAGACCCUCCUAGACCAGCUCUGCUCUGGCCUUGAUCAACAACUCAUGGACCUGGAGGCCUGUCUGACACAGGAGUUGCAGAAGGAGGACUCUCCUCUGAUCAAGGAGGACUCUCUGUUGGCUUUCAGGAAAUACUUCCGAAGAAUCACUGUCUAUCUGCAAGAGAAGAAACACAGCCUUUGUGCCUGGGAAAUUGUCAGGUUGGAAAUCAUGAGAUCUUUCUCUUCAUCAACCACGUUACAGGAAAGAUUAAUGAGGAAAGACUUAUGCCUGGCGCAACAUGGAACUAUUUCUCAUGAACUUCCAUGUGUUCUGUCAUAUCCAAAGACACAAUCUUUUUAA